GAGAAAGAAGAAAGAGGAUCAGAAUCGGCAUAGCAGUAGCAUGGCAAGCCCAGGUCUGUACCGCAGAGCCCUGCCUUCUCCCCCUGCAGUCGACUUUGCUUCGCCGGAGGGCAAGAAGAUUUUCGUGGAAGCUCUGGGGCAAGGAACCAUGGAAGGCUUCUUCAAGUUGAUAUCAAACUAUAAGACACAAUCAGAACCUGCCUACUGUGCUCUCGCUACUCUCUCUGUUGUCCUCAAUGCUCUUGCCAUUGACCCUGGCAGAAAAUGGAAAGGCCCUUGGAGAUGGUUUGAUGAUUCCAUGUUGGAUUGCUGUGAACCUUUGGAGAAAAUUAAAGCAGAAGGCCUAACGUUUGGAAAACUUGCAUGCUUGGCUCGAUGUAAUGGAGCUAAAGUGGAAGCCUUUCGUGCCAAUGGGAGUUCAGUCCAUGAUUUUCGUAACCGUGUGAUUGCCUGUUGUUCUUCUGAGGAUUGUCAUGUGAUUGUGUCUUACCACAGGGCACCACUCAAUCAGACUGGAAUUGGCCAUUUUUCACCAAUUGGAGGAUAUCAUGCUGAAAGGGAUAUGGUCCUCGUGUUGGAUGUGGCUCGUUUCAAAUAUCCUCCUCACUGGGUUCCCCUUAACCUUCUCUGGGAUGCCGUAAGUACCAUUGAUCAAGCCACUGGUCUUUACAGGGGGUAUAUGAUUAUUUCAAAGCUUAACAGGGCACCAUCUGUACUGUAUACUGUGAGUUGCAGACACGAAGGUUGGAACAGUGUUGCCAAAUUUCUAACUGAAGAUGUUCAACAACUCCUAAAGUCAGAGGAUCUAAAAGACAUUCAGGAAGUACUCUCUGUUGUGUUUAAAUCUCCUCCUGGUGAAUUGAGAGAGUUAAUCACAUGGAUUGCUGAAGUUCGCAGACAAGAAGAUGGGACUCUCACACUGAGUGAGGAUGAGAGAGGAAGGCUAGCUAUCAAGGCAGAUAUACUGGAACAGAUUCGGACAACUGCACUCUUCAAACAUGUGACCAGGUGGUUGGAUUCUGAAAGUACAUGUUGUAAUACUUUUGUGAAGCUCAGUGACAAAGAAAUGUUACCAGCACUUGCUGCAGACGUUUGUUGCCAAGGGGCAGAUCUUUUGACUGGUUGUGGUAGGCUAGCUUUGUCAAGUGGAAAAUGCUGUUCUCAAAUAGAUGUAAAACAACUGAAUGUUGAUACAGAAAAUCCAGUAACAAUAGCUUCUGGAACUGUUGCAACUGGUGGUGGUAGUGUACAAGAAGUUGAUGUGUUGGUCCCUUUGUGUCAAAGGGUGCCAAGUAGGUUUUGUCUUUCAAAUGAAGGUCACUGCAUUGGAAUGCACCCGUCUACUGCAGAUGUCUUAACGGUGCUUUUACUGGCCUUGCCAUUGCAUACAUGGUCAGGCAUUAAAGAAGAAAAACUGCAAGUGGAAGUUACAAGCCUUCUAAUAACUGAAGAUCUCCCUCCCUUACUUCAGGAAGAGGUUUCGUUCUUGCGAGAGCAACUCCAUUUUCUCAUGACUGACAUUGGUGAUCCUUCUCACUGAUGAUACUCUUGAUUUUGACUUAUGUAACGUGUUCCUACGACGCAAUGACAUUAAAUAGAUUUAGCAUCAGUUAUGUCAUUGAAAUCAAAGCAGCAUGUGCAUUGCUUUGGUGCCAUGUUGAACAGAUCAGAAACCAGGUAUAGUCUCACCUUGAGCAAUAAUUAUGGACUAUACAAAGUAAUUGUGUACAUAUGGAAAGAAUAACAUGCAGAUUUGCAUAAUUCAUCGUUGGAAGAUGAGGAUAAUCAAUGGAAUGUACUAAAAGGAUUAAAGAGCCUGGCUAUCCUUGGCCUUUUAUCUGAUACUAAGUGUAUAAUGUUCUUCUAUGAUGUUUCUCAUUUGAAUAAUUAAUCAGGAGAUGUUAACAUAAUAAAAAAUUAUCUGCUUGGUU